GGAGGGGAGGCCGGAUGUGAGUGGAGCGGCCAUUUCCUGUUUCUCUGCAGUUUUCCUCAGCUUUGGGUGGUGUCCGCUGCCGGGCUUCGGCUUCCAGUCCGCGGAGGGCGAGGCGGCGUGGACAGCGGCCCCGGCAUCCAGCGCCCAGCCGUCCGCAAGCCGCGCGCCUGUCCGCCGCGCCCCGAGCCCGCCGCUUCCCGUCUCAGCACCCUGCCGCCGCCGCGGCCCAGCGAGCGGCCCAGAUGCAGGCCAUCAAGUGUGUGGUGGUGGGAGACGGAGCUGUAGGUAAAACUUGCCUACUGAUCAGUUACACAACCAAUGCAUUUCCUGGAGAAUAUAUCCCUACUGUCUUUGAAAUUGAAACUUGGGUUGGAGAAACGUACGGUAAGGAUAUAACCUCCCGGGGCAAAGACAAGCCGAUUGCCGAUGUGUUCUUAAUUUGCUUUUCCCUUGUGAGUCCUGCAUCAUUUGAAAAUGUCCGCGCAAAGUGGUAUCCUGAGGUGCGGCACCACUGUCCCAACACUCCCAUCAUCCUAGUGGGAACUAAACUUGAUCUUAGGGAUGAUAAAGACACGAUCGAGAAACUGAAGGAGAAGAAGCUGACUCCCAUCACCUAUCCACAGGGUCUAGCCAUGGCUAAGGAGAUUGGUGCUGUAAAAUACCUGGAGUGCUCGGCGCUCACACAGCGAGGCCUCAAGACAGUGUUUGACGAAGCGAUCCGAGCAGUCCUCUGCCCACCUCCCGUGAAGAAGAGGAAGAGGAAAUGCCUCCUGCUGUAAAUGUCCGAGCCCCUUGUUCUUGGCCCUGUCCCUUGGAACCUUUGUACGCUUUGCUCAAAAAAUGGUGGAGCCUUCGCACUCAAUGCCAACUUUUUGUUACAGAUUAAUUUUUCCAUAAAACCAUUUUGAACCAAUCAGUAAUUUUAAGGUUUUGUUUGUUCUAAAUGUAAGAGUUCAGACUCACAUUCUAUUAAAAUUUAGCCCUAAAAUGACAAGCCUUCUUAAAGCCUUAUUUUUCAAAAGCCCCUAUUCUUGCUCAGAUUAAGAGUUGCCAAAAUACCUUCUGAACUACACUGUAUUGUUGUGCUAAGAACACCGAGCACUAAACUGUGUAAGACCUUUGUCUUUCAGAAGACCGUAGCUUCUGCAGUUAGGAGAUGCAGACACUUUCUAAGUAGUUUCCAGAUGCGUAAAGCAGAACAGCCUCCCAAAUGAAGCGUUGCCAUUUAACUCACCAAUGAUGUAUCAGCCCAUGUUCAUGACCUAACAUUGUACUGUAAUGGAAUGGGUGUAAACAGCUCAGCUCUUCGGAUCAGUCUUUUUGAUUUCAUAGUGAGUUUUCUAAAAAUUAGUUGAUCAGCUUUUGCUGAAGUUUUGAACAGAACUCGUGUUUCUUCCAAUGAAGUAUUCCGUUUAGUUGUGGGUGUGCCGAGUGGGGUGUGUGUGAUCAAAGGACAAAGAUGGCAUUUUGACAAAAUACGAAGUGGAGAGCUACACUACAUUUUAUAAGGAAUAAAAGUGUCACGAGUAAAAACCCUAAAAGGCUAAUUCCUGUCAAAUGCAGUAGAUGAUGAAAGAAAGGCUGGUAUUAUCAGGAAGUGCUUUCUUAAGCUUUUCCUUUCUCUUGCACCUGCCAUCCCUCCCCAAAUUGGGCAUUUAAUUCAUCUUUAAACUGGUCGUUCCCUUAGUCGCUAACUUAGUAAGUGCUUUUCUUACAGAACCCCUUCUUACUGAGCAAUAUGCCUCCUUGUAUUAUAAAAUCUUUCUGAUAAUGCAUUAGUUUUUUUUGUAGAUUAGUUAAAGUGCUUUCCAUGUUACUUUAUUCAGAGCUAAUAAGUGCUUUCCUUAGUUUUCUAGUAACUAGGUGUAAAAAUCAUGUGUUGCAGCUUUAUAGUUUUUAAAAUAUUUUAGAUAAUUCUUAAACUAUGAACCUUCUUAACAUCACUGUCUUGCCGGAUUACCGACACUGUCACUUGACCAAUACUGACCCUCUUGACCUCGCCCACGCGGACACACGCCUCCUGUAGUUGCUUUGCCUAAUGAUGUUCCUUUGGGUCUGUGAGGUUCUGUAAACUGUGCUAGUGCUGACGAUGUUCUGUACAACUUAACUCACUGGCAAGAAUACAACGUUGGACCUUUCAACCACUACAACAUUUUUUAAAUUGACAGUUGCAGAAUUGUGGAGUGUUUUUACAUUGAUCUUUUGCUAAUGCAAUUAGCACUAUGUUUUGCAUGUAUGACUUAAUAAAUCCUUGUAUC